CAACUAUGUGCACCCUGCUCCACCUGGCCCACUCCUGAUGUCCCACAACAACUAGCUCCAGUCACGUGGUAUUGUCACGUGUUACCCAACUAGCUCCCCACAUGUACAACGAGACGGACAGUUUGAGGGAUGACCUGGGUGUCAGGGACAGUAUCAGCAGUAAUAUCAGCGCUCCACUCUUCGGGGAGGCUAAUCCUCAGACAAGGUACCUGCAAUGGGCGCUAGCUAUCUUCACCAUCGUUCUUGCAGGUACAACGUUGAUAGUAGCCUGUACAGUGGGUACUGAACACAAUAUAGGUUUACAUGUAUUUAUGAGCCUGACUCUCAUCGGACUCACUAUUACCACUUUUAUUUUGGCUUUAUGGUAUGAAGAAGGAGACCUUCACCCCAAGUUCCUCUACAUUCUCUACAGUCAGACCAUCCUCCUUCUCAUGUUCAGCAUUCUGCUCUUCAUCUACUUUGGUAUGGAGAAAAAACGAUGACUCAUUGUUGAUCACAGUGUUUUGAUCUCAAUAAAUUGUUAGAUGUGAGAAAUAAAUAUUUUAGGUAUCAGGCUUUGGUGGCCUUUCUAUUUAAGCGCUGGCGCUUUUAUUAUUUCGUGUGGUGACUUCUUUAAAAAAAUUAUUUUCUUGUUAUAAUUGGUUUGAUUGUUCGUUUAACGUUUUACAUAAUAAGAUCUGCCUUACCUGUUUUAUCAGCUUGACUUAUAAUUUGUAUAUUAAUACAUUAAAGUUUUAAAUCAGUUUAUUUUGGUAUGUGUGAGGUAUACUAAUUUAUUUUUAUAUUCGAUGAUCUUUCACUUAAAAAUCUAUUACCUUACGUC